UGUAGAUAUAGUUAAUUUGGAGAAUUGUUUGUUGCUCUGUUAAAUUUUUGUUAAAAAAUGCUAUAAAAAGUGUAAAAUAAUUAUUAAAACCUAACGAAAUGGCUACACAAAAACCAGGCGAAUGGGCCAAUUCAUUAUUGGCCCGUUUCGAAGAUCAGCUUCCUAACAAAACAACCGGACCCCAUGGCACCCAGGCUAGAAUGAGCCAAGACCAAUUGGUGGGAUGUCUUAUACACAUUUCACGUUAUCGUUUUUCGUUGGUAAUAUCCGGUCUUACCAAAAUGCUACAAAGAGUCAAUGAAGCCGCUAUCCAAAAUCGUCACGAAACCGAUCGUUGUUAUUUUGAAUCUCUGAUCAUUAUUUUAACCACCCUCGAACGUUGUCUGACCAAUCAGACCAAGGAUAACG